AUGAAGCAUGCACAUCCGGUAAGCUCUCCUCUCCCCCUCGGAUGGGUGCACCAAACGACCUAGAGGCUCAUGACAAGGCUACAUCCUUUUCAAGAGCCUUCGCAGCCACCGGCGGCGGCGGCUAGAGCUCCAGUGGUAGUUUCGCCUCCACAGUUCGACUACGUCCCCUGGUCCACGGGUCUCUGCAACUACUUCUUCGACUUCGAACACUCUUGUAGUUUAAAUGGCGCAAUGUACUUGUCAUCGCAUCGCUUGGUUGACUGGGUGUGCAUGCUGCUGCUGCUGCUCCUUCUGCCGUCUAAAGAUGAGGAAGCAGCACAGGAUCGACGGGAAGGCCAUCGAGGACUUUGCCCCCUAAUGGUGCUGCGGGUCGUGCGCCUUCAACCAAGAGUAUCGCGUGCUUCAGAAUCGCGGAUUCGACCCGUCCGUCGGUUGGUUGACAGCGUGGAGAGGCAAAAUCACAGGGUGAUGAUGGCUUCGUUGCCACCUGUGGCUCUGGUCUUGGCGGACGGCAUGGAUCGUUGAUGGUUUUGAGGUUGUUUGAAACACAUCAUUAAAUGACUCUAAGCUCCAUGUCGUGACUAUGUAUUUGUUAUUGUUAGUGUAUCCUAGUGAUGUGAAAGACAUAUGAGAGUUUACUUAUAUUGCUUCACAAAAUUGAUGAAAUGAGUAAUGUGGGUAGAAGAACACAAGAAGUGUCAAAAGUUGUGUACGACGCUUACUUUAGUACCAAAAGUUUUCACCAUAUCACUUAAGUAUCAAAAAAAAAAAAAAAACGAUUACUUAAGUGUCAACGAACCAAAAAUAUUACGUACCCUUUUUCAUUAAAAUUUUUAUAUGACUUUACAUAUUAUUUAAAAAAUCCAAUCCAUGUACCAUUUUGACAUGGUAUGUUUGGCAUUUAAGUGAUUGCUUUUAAUAACCACUUAACUGAAGUGAUAACUUUAAAUAAAAUUUGGCACUUGAUCAUUUUUUACAAUUUUAAACAUCAUCUAAGGUUAAUUUGCCAACUAGGUACGUUGGCGAGCCACAUGGGAUUAAAAAUUUAAUAAAAUAUGACCAUGUCGGAUUUCCAAUUACUCAUAUCAUAUUUGAUAUUUAAGUGAUCAUUUUUUUUUUUAUAAAAGUGACACUUAAGUGAUUUGGAAAAAAACUUUUGGCACUAAAGUGAGCGUUGUACAUAACUUUUGGCACUUCUAGUGUUAUUUUCCUGAGUAAAGUGUACUGUUAUUGUUAAGUGU